AUGGUCCGCGCGAUAAAAUGGUUUAAGCGUAUGAAAACAAACGGCAGCGAACCGGACGCAUACACGUAUACAAGUUUGAUUGAUGGUUACAUGCGUAUUGCUGAUAUUGACAAAGCAGAGUCCGUGUUCAGAUCUAUGAUGAUGAAUAAUGUUCAUCCUACAUUGGUUACCUACAACAUCCUCAUGCACCAUUCAGUCACUCAACUCGACAUCAAAACUGCAAUGAGCUUUUGGGAAAAUCUGCUCCAGGCUGGGCUGAAGCCAGACGUUUAUACCUUUGCUAUUCUCAUGCAUGGCUUGGGAGAAGAGGGUCGAGUAGAUGAGGCCUGGCGCCUCUAUAAUACAAUGAAAGAAGAAAACGUGGAUAUCAAUACUCACAUUGCCACGACCCUUAUGGGUAUGCAUGUAAAACAUCGUGACAAUGAACACACUAUACAACUAUAUCGCCAGUUC